AUGGCUGAUCACGUCUGUUACAGCAAAGCGUUCGGAUCCGACGAUGUCAUGGUCAUUGUGCUUUUGGUUGUAUUCACAGUUUAUCUUGCAGCCCAAAUUCAAGGAUGGAGACAUGGCCUAGGUCAGCAUGAAAGCCAACUGUCGCCAGAAAAUAGAAGUGCAGCUCUGAUGUGGUGGUGGAUAUGUUUCCUCCUCUACAUUGUCUGCGUCUGUCUGUUCAAGAUAGCAGUUGGACUGUUCCUCAUGCGGGUGGCUGUCGUGACGCUUCAUAUAUGGAUUCUGCGCAUCAUAAUGUUCGGAGUCUGCACCUGCGGGACGGGUUACUUUUUCAUGGCCAUAUUCCAAUGCCAUCCGCCGUCUACUUGGUGGACAGACUCGCCGCGCGCUCCAGACAAAUGCUGGGAAGAUAGGAUCGUCCUGGGCAUGGACCUGGCCGCUUCCAUCAUCAACUGCGGGGGCGACUGGGUGCUCGGUGUCCUGCCGAUUUUCAUGGUCAAGUCCCUUAAUAUGCGACGGCGCACCAAGAUUCUCGUCGCCUGCCUCCUCAGCUUUGCUGCUGUCGGAAGUACCGCUACGUUUGUCCGCAUCUUUUUCCUGCCGAAACUACUCGACGGGGAAGACUUUUUGUAUUCAUCUGCCGAAGUGGCAUACCUCAGUACCGUAGAAUCCGGUAUCGGCAUCACUGCAGUGUCAAUAGGGACGCUCAAGCCCCUGGUCGAGCAGCUACAGAGCAGAAUGGGAACAUCAUCGGCGCGGACGGAAUCGCAUGUCGCGUCUUGGUCCAGACGCAAUCGAUCCAACGGUCAGCGAAGAAGCUACAUUAGAGCCAAUGGUAACGAUCAGCCUGCGACACCACGUUCGGGAUUGGGUAGCAUAUUUCACCUGUCCACCAAAUCAUCGGGGCCAUCCAUGUCGAACACCAUGUCGAAUCAAACGGUACCAGAGAUUCGUGUUGACUCGGACGAGGAGCAGGCUGUCCACCCGACAAGUAACAUGGAGUUGUCUCAGUUGUCAGCGAAUUCAAUACACGUGAGAAAUUCGGUACUGCUUGAGGUAUCCCCACCGGCUCCAGCGGCCGUAUCACAUCGAGUCUUUGCUACCACGAUUCGCGCCGCUGCCUUCAUUAUUGUCGAUUUUCAGCUCGAACAAGAGGAGAUCCAUGUUUUCCACCAACCGAUCUAG